AUGGCCGGUCCCCUUCUUUCUGCACUGGAGGCCAAGGAUGGCGAGCGCCUACGCCCGAGCCUCGAGAAGCUACUCAAGGCCGAGCUGGGACCCAUCCUCUUGGAGCAGACGGCAGGGGAGCGCUUCACCGGCGGAAAGUCGACGCCGGUAUGGAAGCUUCGCUUCACGGCCAAGCGAGGCGAGAAGGAGAAGGAGACGCGGCUCGUGGCCAAGUGGGUGAAGCCCACUUCCGAGCUUCGGUGGGCCUCCUACGCCAACGAGAAGCAGUUUUAUCUCUCGGCGGCGCCGAAGCUGCGGAAGAUCCUCCGGCUGCCCCACAUGCUGAUGUGUGAGGAAAGCCCGAGUAGCGGCAUCUGCUUCCUUCUGGACGACCUCACGGUCGACUUCCCCUUGCACCCGGAUGGGCUGGACACUGCCGGUGCCCACGCGAGCCUAACUUGGCUGGCCCGGUUUCAUGCCAUGUUCUGGGAAGCCGACUCUGCAGGCGCCGGCUUCCCCGCUGGGAUGGCCAGCACGGCUGACUACUGGGGGGCGAGAACGAGGAGCGCCUCAGCUCAGUGGCCACUGCGCUGA